AUGUUUAUAACGUUUAAUGAAUUAUUAAAAUCUAAAAUUUAUAUUGGAAAUAUUCAUAAAAGUAUUAAUAUUAAUAAUUAUAAAUUUAUAUAUAAGUUAAAAUAUAAUUAUUGUAUUUUAAAUUUUACUUUAAUAAUAAUAUACUUAUAUAAAUUAUAUAUAUAUAUUUAUAAUAUAUCAUUUAUAAAUAAUAAAAUUUUAUUUAUUAAUAAUAAUAUUUUAAUAAUAAAUUUUAUAAUUAAAAUUUGUAAUUUAACUAAUAAUUUUUAUAUAAUUAAAUGGGUUCCUGGAUUAAUAACAAAUUGGUAUAUAUUUAAAAAAAGAAUUAUUAUUUAUAUAUGGUUAGAAAAAUUAUUUAAUAAUAAAUAUUUUAUUAAUAUAUUAUCAAAAAAAUGUAUAAAUAAUUUGAAAAAUAUUUAUAAUAAAUUAUAUAUAAAUUUUAAUGGUAUAAAAAAUAUGUUAAUUUUACCUAAAUAUAUUUUUUUAUCAAAUUUUAAUAAUUUAAUUAUAAAAGAAAUUUUAAAAUUAAAAUUAAUUUUAAUUAGUUUUAUAAAUUUAAGUUUAAAUUCAAGUUAUAUAAAUGUAAAAAUUUUAGGUAAUUAUAAUAAUUAUAAUUCUUUAAAAUUAAUUUAUAAAAUAAUUUAUACAUCUAUAAUACAUAGUAAAAUUAAAAAUAUGUGA